AUAUUGCUAAGGAAUUUUGGAAGGUCGAAAUUAUUUAAUAUAUUUAGAUUGAGUACCGGUAAUCUUUAUUCAUCAAUGGCACCGAAAGUAUUAUUAACUAUGAUGUUACCACCAGACUCACAAAAGCUUAUAGAGAGUGCCAAAGAUAUUGAACUUGUUUAUUGGGACAAACCAGGAGCAAUUCCACGCGAGAAAUUCUUGGAGUUGGCGAAAGGCGUCGAUGGAAUUUUAUGUAUGUCGUUCGAUAAAAUUGACUCUGAAUUACUCGACGCAGCUGGGCCGAAUUUAAAAGUAGUCUCGACUAUGUCAGUUGGAUAUGACCAUGUCGAUUUGAGUGAACUUCGUAAGCGUUUGAUUUCUCUAGGACAUACACCAGGAGUGCUUACAGACGCUGUGGCGGAUAUCACAGUUUUAUUAGUUUUAGCCGCCGCGCGAAGAAUACGCGAGGGAUUUCGAGCAGUAGAAAAGGGAGAAUGGAUUUGGAGUACAACAUGGAUGCUUGGGGUACAGUUAACAAACAAAACAAUUGGAAUUGUUGGGUUAGGUCCUUCCUCUCUAGGUGCGACUAAGGUAGAAUUUGACACUCUAAUACGUGAGUCAGACGUAAUUUGUAUUUGUUGUGCACUGAAUGAAGAGACGAAAGAAAUGUUUAAUUACGAAGUUUUCAAGAAAAUGAAGAGUAAUGUGAUUCUUGUAAAUACAGCGCGUGGAGGAAUUAUCCGUCAAGAUGAACUUUGUCGAGCUUUGUCAGAAGGGAUGCUUGGUAGUGUAGGUAUAGAUGUUGUAACACCAGAACCGUUGAAUCCAAAUGAUCCACUUUUGAAAUUCGAUAAGGUUACAGUUGUUCCACAUAUUGGUAGCGGAACUUUAGAAACACGUACUAUGAUGGCCGAUAUUGCUAUUGAGAAUGUUUUGUCUGGUGUUAGAGGAGAAACUUUGCCGCACGCUGUGAACGUAAAUUUUGAUAUAAAAUAGUUAAAAUUUUAUGCAACGUAAAUCUUUCAAAUUAAUAAUUAUUCUGUGUUACGUUGAUGAGAUCGUACAUCGUCACACUUUGUCUCAGUCCCUCAUUGUCUCAUUGUAUAAAUGAUUUUAUGGUUUUUUUUUUAGAAAAAAUAGAAAAAAUAUAGUACUUUACUCCUUGGCAUUUAUUAAACAUAAUUAGAAAUUUCAUAAUGAAUUUUUAGUUAAUUAUUUCUUGGAA